CACAGGACAUGCGCCUUCCUCCUCCUCCUCCUCCUCCUCCUCCUCUUUUACCCCGGGUACAGGCAUGUCCGCGGACCUCAGGACACUAAACUAAUGAACUCUGGUAUUACUGUAACAGCACAACCCUGACUGCGACAAAACGAAAUAGACAAGAUUUUCAAAGAUGUCUGUGAGUAAUCACGAAAACCGCAAGUCCAGGUCGAGCUCUGGCUCCAUGAACAUCCACCUGUUCCACAAAACAUCGCACGCUGACAGCCUGCUUACUCAACUGAACCUUCUGCGCAAACGCUGCGUCUUCACCGACGUCGUGCUCCAGGCUGGAAAUCGAGCCUUUCCGUGUCAUCGGGCCGUCUUGGCCUCCUGCAGCCGCUACUUUGAGGCUAUGUUUAACGGUGGACUCAAGGAGUCCAGGGAUGCAGAAGUCAACUUCCAUGACUCGUUGCACCCAGAGGUUCUGGAGCUUCUGUUAGACUAUGCAUACUCUGCCCGCAUCAUCAUCAAUGAGGAGAACGCUGAGUCGCUGCUUGAAGCCGGAGACAUGCUGCAGUUCCAUGACAUCCGAGAUGCCUCAGCGGAGUUCCUUGAGAAGAACCUGCAUCCCUCAAAUUGCCUUGGAAUGAUGCUCCUUUCUGAUGCACAUCAGUGCCAAAGGCUUUAUGAGCUCUCCUGGCGAAUGUGCUUGGCGAAUUUCGCCACGCUUUACAGGACUGAGGACUUCCUGAACCUUCCAAAAGACCAAGUACAGGAGCUGAUCUUCAGUGAGGAGCUGGAGGUGGAGGAUGAGAGCGUAGUGUAUGAGGCAGUUAUAGACUGGGUGAAAGCUGAUGUUGGAAGGAGACUCUCCGACUUGCCUGAGCUUUUACGCUGUGUCCGUUUAGCACUACUUCCAGAGUCCUACUUGCUCAGAACUGUUGUUUCUGAACAGCUAAUCAUGGGAGAUAAAGUGUGUCGAGAGAUUGUCGAAGAUGCUGUACGAUGCAAGAUGAAGAUUCUCCAGAAUGACGGUGUGGUGACUGGUUUCUGUGCACGACCCAGAAAAGUCAGCCAAGCUCUGCUUCUCCUGGGAGGCCAGACUUUUAUGUGUGAUAAAGUGUACAUGAUAGACAACAAAACAAAGGAAAUCACGCUCAAAACUGACCUUCCUAGCCCUCGAAAAGAAUGCAGCGCCUGCGCUAUCGGCUGUAAAGUUUACGUCACAGGAGGCAGAGGCUCUGAAAAUGGUGCUUCUAAAGAUGUCUGGGUCUAUGAUACUUUACAUGAUGAGUGGUCCAAGGCUGCGCCUAUGCUUGUAGCAAGAUUCGGACAUGGCUCGGCCGAAUUGGACCACGUUCUGUAUGUCGUAGGCGGCCACACUUCUCUGUCAGGCUCAUUUCCUGCAUCUCCAUCAGUCUCGCUGAAACAGGUGGAACAGUACAACCCACAAUCCAACAAAUGGACUUUAGUUGCACCUCUUCGAGAAGGUGUGAGCAAUGCUGCGGUCGUAGGCACCAAAAAUAAGCUCUUUGCUUUUGGUGGAACCAGUGUCAACAGAGACAAAUACCCCAAGGUGCAAUGUUUUGACCCUUGUGAGAACAGGUGGACAGUGCCAGCCGCUUGUCCUCAGCUUUGGCGUUACACAGCAGCAGCAGCCGUUGGCAAUCACAUUGUGGUCAUUGGCGGAGAUACGGAGUUCUCUGCUGGCUCGGCGUAUCGCUUCAACAGUGAAACAUACCAGUGGACUAAAUUUGUUGACGUCACAGCCAAAAGGAUCAGCUGUCAUGCUGUAGCUUCUGGGAACCGACUCUAUGUGGUUGGCGGGUAUUGUGGCGCUCAGAGGUGUAAAACACUGGACUGUUACGACCCCUCGACUGACUCUUGGGACAGUGUGACCAGUGUUCCAUAUUCCCUGAUUCCCACUGCGUUUGUUAGCACCUGGAGAUACCUGCCAUCUUGAAAAUGACAACUGGUUUGAUGUCCAGUGUCGUAAGGAAUGCAGGGGAAUGUGUCCUCUCCUUGGCUGAGGAAUGCAAGGGGUGGGGGAAAUAAAACUGCAAAAAAGAAAGAAAGAAUGAAAGGAAAGAAUACUGGAAGGUACAAAAACGGAGCAGUUGUCAUUUCGGAAAGGAAAAAGUAGACAGUUUGGAAUGUAGGAGAUAAAUCAAGAGUGGACUUUUUCUUCAACUUUAAAUUAACUCUGUAAGACUGUAAGCUCUGCACACACACAAACAUCAAACACACUUUCGAGGCAACUUAAUCCUACCCAUUCAUUUCCUCAUUUUUGCACCUCCUUUGAUUUUCAAGCAGGGUUUUGGUUUUCAUUCUGAGAAUCUGACGAUAAACUGAAAUGGGGAAACACUGUGUUAGAUGUUGGUUUAACCUUGAAGGUAUGGGAUUUAGCCUGAAACAACAUGGUGCUUAUCAGACGCGGAAGCUGUGGCUCAGCUGUGUGUUUAAAAAACAGACCGGCGUCAGCUGGAUAAGUGAAUGAGUGAUGUAUUAACACUGUCUCACCCUGUGCGGCUCUUUUUUGUUGUUUAUGGAUAGAGAUAUAAAUGCCUGGAUAAAUGCCCAUGUUUAAUUAUCCUGGCUUUUGUAUAUUUGACAUAUUGCUAAAUAUUCUGUGGUCAAGGAGCUUGAUGAAUCAUAUGACGGCUCCUCUUCAUACCAUCUCGGGGUGCAUUUGGUUAUUUAAUGACCAAACAGACUACUACUACUCGUACUAUAUCAAAAGUAGCCAACAUUUUAUGUAGAGUUUCUUUGUUAUUGUAAUGUUUUUUUAAGGCUAAAGGUUUAACACUGAAAAGAGAGAGUGAAUGCUUUCCACCCAUCUGUCAUUUCAGAUAAAUGCCGCACUUGUGCUGAUAUGAUGAUAUCAUAUCAAUAUUGCUUAUGGUUUCAUAGGCUUCAUGAUAAAAUCUAGACUUUAAACAACCCAUAACUAAUGUAAACAUUAUAUGUUUACAUAACACAAUAUUUUGCUUAUUUCUAGUAAAAAUGAAUGAAUGAAUAAAUGAAAACAUUAUUGAUACUCUAUUUUAAUACCAAUACAAAAAAACAAAAAACACUUAUAUAAUGUUAACAUUGUGUUACUUAGGUGUUUCUGCUCUUAAAAAAAUUUUUUUUUUUAAACUGUUACUAAAACAAAUCAUUGUAAUCCAUAUUAAGUAUUAUGAUGUGAUAUUUUUACUGUAUCACCCAACCCUAAAUUGCACUGUGCUCUAAAUCUGAUUUAUAUUGAUGAACUUCAGUUCUCUUGGAAUGUUCAUAAAUGUCUUG